AUGGUCUCGCUCAACAGCCUCAAAGGUGGCCCCCAAGUCUCAACCACAUAUGGCGAUGAAGCGGCGCAAGGAGGUCAUUUUGUGCCCGCCAAAUACCGGGGUACCGUGAAGGACCAGGCAGACAUGAGUGCUCUAGGCAGAGAGCAGGUGUUACGUGUUAUCUUGACACUGCUCGAGCAAGGUUUGACCGAUGGAGGUACCGCUGGCCUGAUCUGGGGUUUCCUUAUCGUCGCGUGUGGGUUUCUGCUUGUUUUUCUCAGUUUGGCUGAAAUGGCUUCGAUGGCCCCGACAUCUGGAGGUCAAUACCAUUGGGUAUCAGAAUUCGCACCCCGUAGCUGCCAGAAAUUCUUGAGCUACAUCACCGGCUGGCUGUGUGCUAUGGGCUGGCAAUGUGCCAUUGUCUCAAUUGCCUUCCUUGCGGGAACUAUUAUUCAGGGUCUCAUCGUGCUUAACCAUGAGGAUUAUGUCUUUGAGCGCUGGCAUGGAACGCUGUUGGUGAUUGCCAUCACCUUCUUCGGAAUCUUGUUCAAUACCUUCCUGGCCAAGAAACUGCCUUUCGUCGAAGUCCUGAUUCUUAUCCUCCAUGUUGUUGGGCUUUUUGCCAUUAUCAUCCCUCUCUGGGUUCUGGCUCCUCGCAGAAGCGCCCAGCAGGUCUUCACGGAGUUUAACAACGGUGGUGGAUGGAACAGCGCUGGGACAGCAACGCUAGUUGGAUUUUCCACUACUAUCACCGCCCUAAUUGGAUAUGACUGCGCCGUGCAUAUGUCCGAAGAGAUCAAAGACGCAUCAGAGACUCUCCCAAAGGCUAUGAUCACUUCCGUUCUGAUCAAUGACUGCGCGGGAUUUCUCAUGCUGGUGACGAUCUGCUUCACCUUGGGUGAUAUCGACGAGGUCCUCGCAACCCCCACCGGCUACCCAUUUAUUCAAGUGUUCUAUAAUGCCACCAAUAGUCUUCCCGGCACGAACACCAUGACCGCGAUCUUGGUUCUUACGCUCACCGCGAGUACAAUCACGGAAUUGGCCACGGCCUCUCGGCAGCUUUGGUCUUUUGCCCGAGAUGGCGGUCUUCCAUUUUCCGGGUUUUUUGGAUACGUUACUCCGGGGUGGAACAUUCCGCUUAAUGCGGUGAUGGUCUCUCUUAUGGUAACAGUUCUCCUGUCGUUGAUCAACAUCGGUUCGACAACAGCCCUUUUGGCUAUCGUCACCUUGACGAUCGGGUCGCUUAUGUCUUCAUACGUUAUUACGAUUGGGUGCGUGCUGCUCAAGCGGAUCCGUGGCGAGCCCCUUCCACCUCGCCGGUGGAGCCUGGGUCGAUUUGGAAUGGCCAUUAACAUCGGUGCCUUGUGUUUCUUGGUCCCGGUGUUUGUGUUCGCUUUCUUUCCCUUGACCUCGACAGUCGACCGAGAAUCGAUGAACUGGUGCGUGGUGAUGUACGGUGGCAUUAUGAUUAUUGCCAUUCUAUACUACAUCUUCCGCGGCCGGCACGUCUAUAUUCCUCCCGUUGCACUGGUUAAGCGUGACAUUUGA